AUGGCCAAAGAUAAAGUUGAAGUUCGCCUUCAAAAAUUGCUUAAUAAUGAAUUAUCAUCUGCAUCAAAUGAUAAAAAACAAAUUAUUUCUGCUUAUGAAUCUUUAAUUAGUAUUCUUCAAACAUCUGAAACACGUAAACAAUUACAUGGAUAUCAUGAAUUACUUUUCGAAUGUAUAUCUCAAAUAAUCCUCACAUCAUUUAAUCAAUUUUUUCAUGAUGAACAAUUACGUUUCUUACUUGAAUUAGCAUCGAAUGCAUGUGUUUUGUCAAUGGCACAAAAUCAAAUUAUUGAUAGUUGGUUACAAAAUAUAGAAGAACGUACAUUUGAAAAACUAGAGAACUAUGAUGACGAUGAUGAUGAUGAUGAUGAUGAUUUGUAUGAAGAUACAACUGAUGGUGAAGAACAAGAAGACGAAAAGAUAACAAAAAUACAAGAUUAUAAUAAAAAAUCAAAUCGAAGUGUAACUAAUCAACGUCAACAAAAAAAUGUCUUUACUGAUGAUACAUUUCGUCAUGGUUCGAAUUCAAUGUCAUCAAAAGAGAAAAAUCGAUCAUGCAUAAAACAAAUAUCGAAUCCACGUGAUGUUCAUAUUGCACAUUCCCAUGAUAAUCGAUAUGAUCAUCGAAAUUCUGAACGAAAUAAUGUAAAUAAAAGUUCAACGCGUAAAAAUAAUAAUCGAAAAUCAAGAGAUAAUGAUUACACAAACAAUCUUAGCAAAGGAUCCGAUAAUGGUACAAAUAAAGGACGUCGAGCAUCUUCAUUCAAUAAUAAAUAUGGAGUUGAUCUUCGACUUUAUGAUUGUUAUAUUUGUGGUGAAUACGGUCAUGUUCAAUAUGAUUGUCCUAUGAAACAAAAUAAUUCGAAAAAUUUUUCUCGUAAUCAUAUUCGUACUGAUGUUCCUAAUAAAAAAGAACAUAAUCGAUCAAAAUCUCCUUCUAUAAUAACAAAUCUUACUGAAAAAGAUCAAAAUAAAUUUCAACAAAUUUAUAAUCUAUCAUCAAAAUUAAUAAAUAGUUCUGAAACAAUUGAAGAACGAAAUAAAACAUAUGAAUUAUUUCUUUCACUUAUACAACAACUUAAAAAACAAUAUGAAGAAAAUCUUACAAAAAUAUUCUAUGAAAAAGAAUCAAUAUUCUAUUCAUUAUUUUGUCAUAUUGCUCAAAAUGAUUUUCUAUUUACAAAUGAUCAAUAUUUAAAAUUCUAUCAAAUAAAACAUAUUUUAUUACCAGAAAAAAAUCAUUUAUUAAAUGAAGAUCGUUCAAUAUUUUGUCGACAACGUAUUUUAAUACCAUUAAAUAUAAUAACAGAACAUAUUAAAAAUGUACCACAAAUUCAUUUAACUAUAUUUAAUGAUUUUCAAGAAUAUAUUAUACGUUCAAUAUCACCUAUAUCAAUAAAUUUAUUUGAUUUAAUUAAAUGUUUAUUUAAAUCAAAAAUACAUAUUGAUAUAAAAUAUAUUGAAUAUUUUACACAAAAAAUUUUAUUUGAUUUAAAAAAAAAUAUUUUUUCUAAUGAACAACUUAAUGAACUUCAUAUUUAUUAUGAUAUACGUAUGAAACGUUUUGAACGUAAUCAUCAAAAACAAAUAUGGAAAGAACGUUUAAUUUUAUUUAAAAAUAAUCAAUUAUUAAUUGAUCUUAAUCAAUGGAUUUUAGAAUUUAUAGAAAUUUUAAAUACAAAUUAUAAUGAACAAAUAAAAUCCGAUAUAAUUGUUGUUGAAAAUGCAAUGUGGUAUUUUGGUGUAUUAUUAAUGGCUAGUAGUGGACAUUUAAAUAAAGAUCAAUAUGAAUAUAUAUUAAAAACAGCUAUUCAAUCAUCAUUAUUUAAUUCAAUACAAAAAUUUUAUUUUCAAUAUUAUUUAAAUCAUGGACAAGCACCAAUAACUAUUGAUGAAUUAAAUCAAAUUAAAAUUAAAUUAGAAAAUUAUAAUAUUGAUAAUAAAAAAUUAGCUUAUGAACAAAUUAAAAUAAUACUUGAUAGACAAAAACCAGAAUUUAAUAAUGAACAAAUAGAACAAUUUUCUUCUGAAAAUAAUAAUUUAACUCAAAUUAAUGAUCAGUCAAGAAAACUCGAAGAUAUUAUUCCAAUAAUUGAUAAUCAUGUUCUAUUUCGUUUGAUUUCUCUUAUUGAAAUGAUUUGUUCGGAUACAAAUACAUUUUCAACUGAACAACUAAAAGAAUUACUUGAUAAAUUUCUUCAUCAAUCAACAAUUGUUCGUCCAUUAUCAAAUGCUGAUCAACAACGUUUAACAUCUUAUUAUUCUCGUCCAAUAUCAUUAAAUGACUUAAAAACAUCGUGUUUAUCAUUAAAUUCAGAUUUAAAUGAUUUUCUAUCUUUACUUAAACAUAGACCAUUAAUAAAUAAUGAUGAAUUAUAUGAUUUCUUAACUCAAACAAUUAUAAAUAUAUUUGAAAAUCGACAAAAAUAUUCGAAUAAAAAAUGUCAAGAAUUAAAAAAUCUUCUUGAUAAAAAAAUUUUAGGAAGAAAACGUUAUCGAUUAAUUAAUGAAGUAUAUGAAAAAUUUCGUUUAAAUAAAAAAAAUCUUCCAAUAAUUAAUCGAACUAUUCUCAAUCAAUUAUUAAAUAAUAUUCUUUUACAAGAUUAUCAGGCUUAUGUAGAAUUUUUUACUUUAUUAGAAGAAAUUUCUCAAAUAAUCGAUUUCAAAGAAAUAACAAUUGAAUUUGAAAUUAAUCGUUGUCUUUUAUCAACAAUAAUACUUGUUAUAAUUGAUACUGAUUAUUCAAAUUUACCAAAUUUUCUUUGUUUUCAUAAACGUUUAAAGAUUCUUAUAGAACAACAAACAAAUUUUUUUUCAUUACUUCUUACUGAAAAACAAUAUAAACUUAUUCAAUCUCGUUUAAUAUUAAAAUCAAAUAUUAAUGAAUUAAUUAAUUUAAUAAAAACAAAUUUAAAUGAAGAAAAUUUUUUAAAUUUAAUUCAUUUUAUUCAAAAUGAUUUAAAUGAUAAAAAUGAUUUUGAAAAAUUAAUUAAUUUUAUACUUUAUACAUUUGAUAAUGAAUUUUUAACAAUUGAACAAACACUUCAAAUAUCAAAUUUAAUUUUUCAACAUACAAAAUUAAAUAAUAAAACAUAUAAAAAUCUUCUUCAAUUUCUUAUUGAUUUACUUCAAUUUCAUAUUCAUUCAUCACCAAAAAUGUUUUUAAAUUUAAUUGAAAAUAAUCAAGAAAAUAAUCAAAUAAUUAAUCAAAUAAUAAUUAUAUUAAAAAUUCAACAUGGAAAAUAUGCUACUGCAGAUUGGAAAAAAACAAUGAUUAAUUUAUUAAAAAUUCUUUUUGAUCGACAAGAUAAUUAUGAACAAUUAAAAGAUAUUGCUCAACAAUCACCAAUGUUUCAACAGGUUAUAUUUAAACAACAAUUAGAAUCUUGUUUGAAAAAACCAUUAGAUAAUCAAUCUAAUGAAAAUAAACAAUCUUCUACUAUUCCGAAAGAUAAUAAUAAAAAUGAUCAUUCUACUGCACAUCGUGAAAUGUUUCGUUAUUUGGAAUCAGAUGAUGUAUCAAAGAAUGUUUAUGUAGUACAACAAUUACGUGUAUGUCUUCUUAAUGAACAACUUUCGUCGGAAAUUUUACUUUCAAAAUUUAUACAAGCGCUUCAAAUUAUAUUUAAAAAUUCUCAAAAAUUUACUGAAGUAUCACUUGAUGAAUGGGAAAGAUUAAUUACUAAGAAUCGUGGAAAGAUUUUUACAAAUGAUUCUCAGUGUGAUCAAUUAUUAAUGGACAUACUUUUAAUUCGUUUUAAUAUGCCAAUAGAUACAUUAAAUUCAUUGAAUCAUUUAAUUCAAUCAAAGAAAGCUCAUGAAAGACAUAAUGGUCUUAAUAAAUUAAUUUUACUUUUAAAAAAUACACAAAUAAAUAAUGAAAAAAGUAAAAUAAAAAAUUUACCAACAAUAUCAAAUCAAUUGUAUAAUGUAAUAACUCGAAUUGUAUUUGAUCAAAAAUUUAAUGAUCAUCAAGUACGACAAUGUGUAACAGCAGCAAAAAAUUCUUGGUUAUUAAAUAGUGAUCAUCGAGAAAAACUGUAUAAUAUUUAG